GUCAUGCACGGCCCAAAUCCCGACCUCCUCUCCGGAAAGCGAGAGAGAGAGAGAGAAAAAAAACUAAACACAUGAGAAAAAAUAGCUACAUAGUGUCGGAUAAAACUGGAGUUUUGGUCGCUUUUCCUCCUGCUCUUUCUUUCUUAAAGGAGUCUGUUCAGAUGAUGUUUCAAUGCCUCGUGUUCUGACGCACAACAUGGGAUUUACGUCGUAACGCGGCGCGUUGGGGGGGAAAAAUAAGCGACGCCUGGAAAAGUUUCUCAAUGGAUUCUGCAGACUGCUGUCCCGACUGAGCUGCAGGGGGAAGGAAGGAAGAAACCGGGACUUAAUUUACCUGAGCUGAAGCUAAAAGUGACGAAAACACGGAAUUCAGAUGUGUCCCCAGCCAGCUAGAGAGGCCCUUCAGUCCAAAGAUGGAUUCCAGAAGUCAGAACGACAGCGACGGAGGAGGAGGACGCCAUGGGGGGUUGCCGUCAUUGACUGGAUUGGCGAACAUGGCGCAUGACGAAGGUAGAGCACAAUCAUGGUCUCUGCAAACCCUAGAUGCGCCGUCAGAUCUUGGGCUGAACUGCAGGUUACGGCCACACACUCCACCGGUGUUGUCUCUGGAUCAGAUAAGAAUAAGCGGUGGUAGUAAUGAAUAUACAGACGGGCCGUCGGCUGCUCAAAGGUCUCCGGCCACCCAGCAACGGAAGACAGAUGUGGUUACAUCAACAAGUUCAAGGACCAAUGGACAGCAAGAGACCGAGGAAGAGAUGUCCGAUAACCUCCGCAACCUGCAUUCAGUGACUCACCAAGGGACUGCAAAUGCUCCCAUCUCUUCAAGAGAGGGUGUGUCUCAGUCUUCCAGUGUGGAGGACUCCCAGAGCAGCGUACGCACCAGCGCAGGGAGCGGUUCUUCGGGUCAGCGGCUUCUCAGCAGCCCAGUGAACAGCAACGAAAUAAUCAGAAACCAGCCCAAACGAGCUGAUCCAGAGGAGCUGAAACCCCUAAACCCAGAGUACAGAGACAUAGAAGCGAUUCCAGGCAGCAGGAAGCCUUUAAAAAAGGACAAACACUCCAACAAAUGUGAGUCCUGCGGUCGGUGCAAGUGCCCAGAGUGUGUCCAGCCGAGAGUGCUUCCGUCCUGCUGGAUGUGCGGCCAACGCUGCCUGUGCUCUCCAGACAAGGCCGUGGAGUACGGGACAUGUGCCUGCUGUGUGAAGGGCAUUUUCUACCACUGCUCCAACGACGACGAGGACACCUGUGCGGACAAGCCCUUCUCAUGCUCUCAGUCGCGCUGCUGCAUACGCUGGACGACCAUCACGCUCUGCUCCAUACUCUGCCCUUCUCUCUUGUGCUACCUCCCAGGUAAGGGAUGCCUGGCCAUGUGCCAGUGCUGCUACGACCGAGUCACACGACCCGGCUGCCGAUGCAAGAACUCAACCCUAACCCGCUGUCACGACGACAGCACAGCAACGUAGGCCAGGAUGAAAUGGGACAUUGAUCGACCAACUCCACACUGAGUGAACUGCAAAGUGUCUAGUUGCACAAUUUGAGCCAUAUAAUCGUGUCAUUGUGGCAGUUGUCUUUAUGUCAGAAAAGGCUUCCAUGUGUCUACUCUGAAUGCAAAUUUACUAAAAGAAAUGUUACUGGUAAAGGCACUGGAGGUGCAUUUACUCACCCUAGCAUUAGGAGUUUCACUUGAAUGGUCAACCAAAAUAAGCACUCCACAUUUCAAGGUAUGGCAUCUUAUUUAACUACUGUUAUAUCUCUUCACUCAAGUGCCGUGACAUUUCCUAAUACAGUCCAAGCAGAUAUCUUUGAGGUUUUAACAUUUGAUACAAACUAUAUUCUAAAAGCUUCUGCUACUAACUGUAUGUAACGUAAUAAUGGAAAGGGGAUGUAUAAUAGAAAAUGACAGAUGUUUUAUUUUUGUGUGUGUGUGUGUAUAUAUAUAUAUAAAUAUAUAUAUAUACUUCAACUGUGAAAGGUUUUCUGCCAUUAGAGGCACCUUGAUGAAUCUGCAUCAGCUCCCAUUUCUACAAAGUUUCUGCAUUCACUGGAAUGUCUACCAAUCAUAUUUUUAAAUAAUUCACAAUGUUACAGAUCUUAACCCUGAUCCCAGCUGUAAAUUGUACAGUGAUCUUAUUAUCUGAAAAAAAAAGUUUCUAAUUCCAAAAUUUCCUAGUGUAAAGUAAAAAAGAUAUAUUUAUUUGAAGGUUUUAAUAUUUUAUUAUGACAGAUAUUUAUUUUGAGAAAGCAUUGUUAAAGGCCUCCUCUGUUGCUUGGCAGAUUCGACACAAAUAGCUCACUAUGGAUUAGAAGAUGAAUAUAUUAAUGUAUAAAAUUAAAAAUCCUUGAAGUCUAA